AUGUCCGAAUUAAAGACGACGGCGGUUGAGCACUUCGAGGCUCUUGCCGCCAACUAUGAAGCGAGCACUGGCGGCGCCACACGCAUGGUUGCCGUCCAUCUCGUAUCUCUUGUUACCCCUUCCCUGGGCGAUCCCUCUGCCGUCAUCCUCGAUAACGCAUAUGGCUCAGGCAAAUACCCCGCUGCCACCAUCCACGCCGUUGACGGCAUCGCAAAGCAGAACCUCAGGGAUAAAGCCACCUCCGCCCCCGUCGAGUUCGGCGUGAUGCCCGGCGAGAAGCUGGAGUUCCCCGACGGCAAAUUCUCCCACAGCUUCACCAACAUGGGCAUCAUGUUUUUCACCAACCCCGCCCAAGGCGCUGCCGAGAUCUACCGCACGCUCCGCCCUGGCGGCACAGCUGUCGUCACAUCCUGGUCGAAGCUGGGCCAUCUUGACUUGGUGUUUAGGCCGGCUCACGUGGCCGUGCGUCCAGACGACGAGCCCGUAAAGUUCCCAUUGCCAGAGGUGUGGCAUGACCCAGAGCACGUGCGCAAGGUUCUCUCUGAGGCCGGCUUCAAAGACGAUGCGAUUGAGGUGUCGACUUUACCGGUGCAGUAUGGCGCCAAGAAGAAGGAGAUGCUGUUGGAUUUUAUGAUGGAUAUGGCUGGGAAAAUGUUGACAGCGGACUGGCCGGAGGCCGACAAAGACGCCUUUAGGAAGGCGGUAGCGGAGAAACUUGAGCUGGAGGCGAAAGAGUACACGAUGCUGAGUGGCGAGCCUGGAUUCGGGCUGCCGAUGGAGGCUAUUGUGGUGGUUUGCCGGAAGUAA